GAUUUUUCAAUAUGCAAUGCAUGCUCCUUAUCACUCGAAAAACCGCGAAUGAAAACAUUGAAGUGUAUUGUUUCUUUCCGUAAGAAACUCAAUUAGUGACAUGUAGUAUAUUUUUGUUUUUCUAAAUGAUUUUCAUAGAAUGAAACCAAUAAUGAAUAAAAAAGAAGGAAAUCAGACAAUAACCUAUGAUGUUUAUGUUGGAAAUGUCCCUAAGAACAUAAACGAGAUUGACUUAAAACACUUAUUUAGUAAGUAUGGAGAAGUUAAACAAGUUCUUUGUCGGUGGAAAGAAGAUUACUUUGGCUAUGGGAUCAUCAAAUUUUCAUACAAAAAAGACGCUGAUCGAAUCCUUCGCGAAGUCCAAGAAGUAACUUUAAAUGGUCAUACCAUGCCAGUUAAAACAGCACGAAGAUCUGAACAUAGUACUCAGAAUGGCAGUUCAAACUUUGAAAAUAAGCCCAAUGUAUAUUCUGACAUGAACAAAAAUCAGAUAUGCUCUGGAUCAAAUUUUUCAAAUACGGAUUAUGGACAUUUUCAGUAUCCUGCACCUUCUCCUGUCAAUGAACAAGUGAUUCGACCUCAGAUUUCUCAGUCAGUCAAACUUGAUGUACUUUGCUCUAGUGUAGAAGAUCCAGUAACUUUUUAUGGCUAUCCAGUAAAUAGAUCUGAAGACCUUAUGAUGAUUACGAGUUCCUUAAAUAGUUUGAAUUUCAGUCACAAGCCUCUUGAAAAGAAACCAUCUUUGAAGAAGGUGUAUGCUGCUUUGUUUUCAGAAGAUAAUUCUUGGUACCGCUGUUCUGUGGUUAAAAUUUCUUUGCCUAAUAAACCUGGAAUGUGCUGUGUUCGUUACAUUGAUUUUGGAAAUCGAGAAGAAAUUAGCUACCAGAAUAUUAUUGAAAUACCAGAAUCUUUACAAAAGGUGCCUCCAAUGGCAUCAAAAUUUAUUUUGUCCCAUUUAGUCUGUGAUACCAAGGCAACCAAUAAGAGAUCGUGCCUUCAUCAGCUUGUAAAUAAACGAAUGACCCUAUCUGCAAGAUUGUCACAUAAUAUGGAAUAUCAUGUUUUUUGGUGUUCUUGUAAUGGCAAAGAUGUAAUUUCAGACAUCAUUAGUAAGGGUUUCGCCAAACCUGUGAGGCUUGAAUCCUGUAACCAAGAGUUAAAUACAAAAAGUCGAGCUUAUGCAUGUGGAAGUGAAAAUAGAGCAUCUUCUAAUUACAAUUCUUGUGCAUCUUCCCUUUAUAUACCAAAAGCAUUAGAACCCCCUGUUAAUGGUGCAGCAAAUAACAACAAAAAGACCCAGAAAAACCAGUGUAAGUCUAAGGAAGGAUCCCCAAGGAGUGAAGAAGUAUAUUGCAAUGGAAUUGCUGAGGAAGUUAGAAAAGACAAUGAAUUUCAUCCAAAAAUGAUAAUAAAAAGAGGUAGUGAACUUGGUGAUAUAGUUAGAAAAAGUUCAUUGGAGGCUUCACCUAAAGAAAAGAAUUCCAGUCAGCCUUCUGCUUACAUGCUGGAUUCAGUUCACCCUAACUUGAAAUUCAUUAACAACAUCAGGAGUUUAGUAUCUCAAUCUUCUGAUGAUAGUAUUAUAAGUUCCGCUGUAGAGUUGCUGAAAAAUGAAAUUACUACUAUUGUGCACUCUGAAGUAUCUAUUAAAAGUGUUAUUUCUGCAUCACAAAAAUACUGGGAAUCUGUAGAAAAUUUAAAGAGAUUUGUUAAUGAAAAAAGAAGAGAAAUUUGUACUAACAUGGGAUUGCCUUCUUCUUUUGAGGAAAGACUGACUUGUUUAAAAUCAGCCAGAGAUUCAUUCCGAGUUGACCUUUUUAACAAACUUGAGGAUUAUUUAGGAAGCUGUGACAGUACAAUAUUUCAAAGAAAAGAGAAGAUCCAAAAAAUCAUAACUGAUCUAGAAAGCAACUCAAAUGCAUGGAUGAAUGUGCAACUUCCGAAAAAACCUGAAACUAUUGAUGAACUUAUUGUAGAAUAUAAUAAAGUAAAGGAAGAACGGUGGAAUUUGGUGUCUAAAACACGAGCAAAAACAGAUCAAGCUCAUCAGCAGUUUGAUGAUAUACUAUCAACCAUAAAAAAGGAAUUUCAUUUAAAUACUUUAGAAGAAAAUGAAGUUUCAAAUUUUAAUUCUAAUGUAUAUAACAUUGGCAAAACUACAUCAUUUGAUGAUCAAUUAAAGAAAGCAUUAACAAUCUUUGGAAAUGCUUUAGAAGAAGAAAUCCAGACUUUAACUGUGAAUAAGGACUCUGGAAAUUAUUCUGUUAUUCAAUGCCUUCUAGAUAUUCUGGAUGUCCAUAAAGAAAAAAUUGAUUCUUUAUGUGAUCAUUAUGAGAAUUAUUACGCUGUAUACAAUGAUUUAAACAAACUACCUGAUAUUAAAAACACUUUGGAUGAAUUAAAAGGUACUAGCAAGGAAGUACAUACAUUGACAGAAGAACUUUGUCAUAAAGAGGAUUCUUAUGGGAAUGAUGCACAGCAGGAAAUGUUGGCUUUGAGACAACAAAUUCAUCGUCCUUUAUUAAAAGAAGAUUUGCUCAUAGGAGUUUUAGCCAAGGCAGCAGAAUCCCAUUUUCCAGAACUGUUUAUUGAAGUUCCUGAAUUAAAUUUACAGAAUUAUUUAGAAAACAAAUUACUUUUAAAAAACUGGAGACCUGAUUAUUUUCUGAAUUUUGGUGCUGGCCAGAGAGGAGAGUUUUCAUAUGAAUCUUAUAUUAAUGAUGAACCAAUCACAAUAAAAGAAUACUCGUUUGAAAAUGUAGAAGAGUGUAAUGCUUUCAUUCGAAAAGCUGUUCAAUGGAAUGAAGUUCGAAGUGACCAUAUAGUUAAAAUCAAAGCAUUAUUUUUUAAGAAUGAAAAUACUAUUUGUGCUAUUUUGCCUCCUAUAACAAGUACUCUGUUGAAAAAUGUUCCACCUACUUCACCUUGUGAUGGUGAAAAAGCAUGUCGUAUCCUCCGACAAGUUUUGAUUGGUUUAAAAGACAUUCAUUCUGCGGGCUUUGUUCACCAUGCUGUCCAUCCAACCACUAUAGUCAUUGAAAAUGAGAAGGCUUUGAUUGAUUUCUGUUUUGAUUCUAAAUAUGUGGAUGAAAGAGUUAAUUUCAAAGGUAUAAAUUUCUUGCCGCCUGAGAUCAAAGCAGCGCAUGAAUCAGCUGAUAUGUAUGGAUUUGGAUGCCUUGUGCUUUGGGUUCUUUUUCCUAAUCUGUCAUUUACUCUAACUGAAGAUGGUGUUCCAAACAUAACUGCAUUUAAAAGCAUUAUACAAGAACUUAUUUUGCCUAAAGAUUAUUCUUUCCUUUCUUCAUUGAUUGAUGCCAAUCCUGAAAGAAGGCCAUCUUCUUGCACACUUCUUAGCAAAGGGUUUCUUUCAAAAUAUGAAGCUUAUUGUCGCUCCAGAUGCGAUGCCCAAAAAAGUGCCUCAUUGUAGUUCCUGGAUCUCUUUUCAUCACUAAAAAUCUUUCAUUGCAGAGAAAGUAUUCUUAAAUUUUGAAAUUACAUUUCUUUCUCAUCAGUGCCAUAUACAAGAGAAUUUUAUAUGGUUUAUAUAUAUAGAUGUUAAAGUUUUAUAUAAAUAUAUAUAUAUAUAUGUAUGUGUGUGCAUUAAAUCCUAAAUGGAGGAUUUAUUCAUUACUGUUUAGUCAUUUAUUCACAUAAACCAUAUUACAGGUAUUGCAAACCAAAGUAGUAAUUUAAUGGAAUUUUUAUUUUGGAGUAUUUUCUGCAAUUACAAGAAUAAUUGCUCUAUCUGUGAUGAUUUUGAAACUGUGAUUUUUUUCCAUCAUUGUUGAAUUCCACAUGUUUGACACAUGUCAUCAUUUGUAAAUUACUAUUUUUUGAAUAAAGUUGUAAUCUUUUUA